GGGGCGGGCUGCAGAAUGAUUGACGUGCUGUCGGUCCAUAGAUUGGGAGAAGGGCUGUGGAAGAGAGCCAAUCGGGAGAAAGGGGAUGGGUUUUGGUGUACCGGAGUGCCUCUGACUUGUGGAGAAAAUGACAGCCCAGCUUAGUGAGGCUGUGAGAGGGUGAACUGCCUGUUCACUGUUGGUUCAGAGCUGACAGUGGUUAUCACUCAAAGCGCAAACCUUCCUCUUCGCUCUUUCUUUCUCUCCCUCUCCCUCUCCCCUCCCCUCCCGCCUUCUUCGAAAUACAGAAGAAUUGAUUCCAGCGCCGCUUAUCUUGGUGAAUUACUUUGUCUUAGUGGCGUGCCAAGAAUUGUCGAGAGAGAGAGGGAAAAUCUCGAACUUGUAGGGAAAGAAAAACGCCGAGAGGCUGUGAACACACUUCCUGCGUUUGACAGGAGGAUGGAGGGAAGCCUUCAAACUUAAGCCCACUGUUUCGUCUCUCACUUGCUGCUAUUUGUUUUAAAGGGGGAAGGGGGAACCCAUAUUUUGAUUUUCGACUCCCCAUUCAGACAUUUACCGAGAGAGAGGCACCAGAUUGGACCAUUCUGCCGGAGAUGUGUGAUAUGAUUUCAGAGCAGUCGACUGAGAAAAUCGGCAGAAUGAAAAAGUUGAGAAGAACUUUGUCUGAAAGUUUUAGUCGUUUGGCCUUGAAGAAAGAUGACAAUAACUUCGAUGAGAUAUGUGUCGCAAAGAUGUCCACACACAAUUCCCAGGCCGUCGAUUCAGUCAUCAAACCACUGGACACCAUUCCUGAGGACAGAAAAGUCAGAGUGCAAAGAACACAGAGCAGUUUUGAUCCAUUUGACAAACCAACAAGCCAAGUGAAGAGGGUUCACUCCGAGAACAAUGCUUGCAUAAACACAAAGUGCUCGUCUAGUGGUAAAGAGUCUCCAAAACUGAGACGACACUCUAGUCCCAGUUCUCCAACAAGCCCUAAAUUUGGAAAAGCUGACUCCUAUGAAAAAUUAGAAAAACUGGGGGAAGGGUCCUAUGCCACAGUGUAUAAAGGAAAAAGCAAGGUUCAUGGGAAGUUGGUAGCUUUAAAGGUCAUCAGGCUACAAGAAGAGGAAGGAACCCCAUUCACAGCAAUCCGAGAAGCAUCCUUGGGAGUUGGGCUGGAGCAUGCGUAAGUGGUGGUGCUACACAACACUUUUCACACUAAUGAAUAUAAAACAAUUAUCUUUACCUUUUUCUUAUUGUUCCAGCAUACAGAUCUGUGCCAGUAUAUGGACAAACACCCAGGGGGACUUCUUCCAGAUAACGUGAAGCUCUUCUUGUUUCAGUUGCUGCGGGGCCUAUCCUACAUUCAUCAACGAUAUAUCCUGCACAGAGACUUGAAGCCUCAGAAUUUGCUCAUCAGUGAUAAUGGCGAAUUGAAACUGGCAGACUUUGGACUUGCCCGAGCCAAGUCAGUACCCAGCCACACGUACUCCAAUGAGGUGGUUACCCUGUGGUACAGGCCUCCAGAUGUCCUCCUGGGCUCCACCGAGUACUCCACCUGCCUCGACAUGUGGGGUGUGGGUUGCAUUUUUGUCGAAAUGAUUCAAGGAGUUGCUGCUUUUCCAGGAAUGAAGGAUGUUCAGGAUCAAUUAGAAAGAAUAUUUUUGGUUUUGGGCACCCCAACAGAGGAAACUUGGCCUGGUGUUCACUCUCUACCACAUUUGAAAACAGAUCGUUUCACACAGUAUAGUUCUAAAAAACUUCGACAUGCAUGGAAUAAGUAA